CUACUCUACCAACACAUCCUUCCUCACCUUCCUCGCCAACUUCAACAACUUGUACUCAACCCUCCCUCCCUCAGCCACCCGCUCUCUUUCCUUCCCAUCUUCCGAACCGCCGCUCCGUACGCUUGGUGGAUCAUCGUCAUCCUCUCCUUUUACAUCGUGUGGACCACCCUCGCCGGCGUCUUCGGUUAUUUUUCCAGAAUCCUUCGUUUCGCCCUUCGCAUCGGUCCCAUCGUAGGUAUCAUCGCUUGGGUCAUGGCCAAUUCGGGACAAGGGAGCAUGGAAGAUAUGUUUUCUGCGGCUCAACAGUGGAUGGGCGGACAGAAUGGAGGGUCAAUACCAGGUUUGGCUUCUCUCGCCGGUCUAUUUACCGAUUCCCCUAGGAGUAGUCGCAGCAGGAAAUCCACAUCUCGAUCUGGUCUCUUCGGUGGGACUGAACCCAUCUCCUCUCGAACGAGGAGUAGCAAACAGAAAAAGGGAAAGAGAGGGUCAAAGAAGGGUGGUGGGAACGUACCGGGUGAAGAUUUCGUCACGACACUUCUCAACUCUGCCACCGGGUUGAACAGGGAGGAAGGAGGGAUAGGAUGGCAGGAUGUGGUGCAGGAUUACGUCAAGACGGCUUUGGCCAAGGCCUCGGGACUGGAGUGGCUGUUCGGCGAUGGAGCGGCAGAGGAGGAACAAACUGGGAGGUCGGGGAGGAGGAGAUGA